CACACAGCACACGAAGCAACGAACCCAAUGCGCCGCAUCACCCGCCACUCGACUUCCCGCCUUCUCCUUCUCCCUUUCUCCUCUCACUACUCCCCAACUCCACCAAGCUCUCAUCGUCUCCACUCCCUCCAAGCUCCCACCUUUCCACUCCCAAGCCCUCAAUCCAUCCCCGAAACCGCAUGCCUUUUGGUCUCCCGAGCCUACGAAGAUGGCGACCGAAAGCUUCGAUCUUUUCAAUUGGAGAUAACCCAAGAACAAGCAUUGUGUAUUGUUUAUUUGCUGGCCGAGCGAGAGGGCUCCAUGGUCGCGCUGAGCUUCUUUCAUUGGGCGAUUGCCCGUUCGGAGUUUCGCCAUUUCAUGCGGCUCUUUUUGACGACUGCGAGCUCGUUGGUUCUCCGUGGCAACUUGGAGAAGGCCCGGGAGGUGAUGCGGUGCAUGGUCAUGUGUUUUUCGGAGAUUGGGAGGUAUACAGAGGCUGUGGAUAUGGUCUUGGAGAUGAGGAAUCAGGGAUUGCCGCUUGAUGUUCAUAUCAUGAACUAUAUUCUUAGAGUUGCUGUUGAAUUGGGGUUCAUUGAUCAUGCGCAUCAACUGUUUGAUGAAAUGCCGCUUAACGGGAUUUUGCCUGAUUUUGUUACUUUUAAGACUAUGAUAACUGGUUAUUGUAAUGCUGGUUGUGUUUCAGAUGUUGAGACGCUGUUGAUACUUGUGGAAAGCCGAGGUUUUCGCAUUGAUAAUGUGACAUGUACUAGGAUCGUCGAAGCAUUUUGUAAGAAAGGUUGGCAUGGGAAGGUGUUUGGUGUUUUUAGGAAGAUGUUGGACAUGGGUUUGCCUCCAAAUGUGAUAAACUACACUGCUUUGAUUGAUGGUUUGUGUAAGAGAGGCUCUGUGAAGCAGGCCUUUCAGGUGUUGGAGGAGAUGGUGGGGAAGGGAAUGAAGCCCAAUGUCUACACUCACACCACUUUGAUUGAUGGGUUGUGUAAGAUUGGGUGGACAGAGCGUGCGUUCAGGUUGUUCUUGAAGCUUGUGAGGAGUGAGUCUUAUAAGCCGAACACAUUCACUUACACAGCGAUGAUUGCUGGGUAUUGCAAGGAGAGGAAGCUUGGUCGAGCAGAAAUGUUGUUAGCUCGGAUGCAGGAGCAAGGAUUGACACCAAAUGUCAAUACAUAUACUGCUCUUAUUGAUGGCUAUUGUAAAGAGGGAAAUAUAGAACAAGCAAGAGGAUUGAUCAAUAUCAUGACAAAGGAGGGUUGCAUUCCGAACAUUUGUACAUACAAUGCUGUCAUUGAUGGGCUCUGCAAUAAGGGUAGGGUAGACGAAGCAUAUAGACUUGUUAAAGCAGCUCGCCGGCAUGGUUUGUUACUCGACAAAGUCUCGUACACCAUUCUUAUUUGCAACCAUUGCAGGCGGGGUCAGACUGAGCAGGCUCUAGAAUUGUUCAAUCAAAUGGUCCAGGCCGGUUGCUCCCCUGGUAUACAUACAUAUACUACAUUGAUUUCUUUGUUCUGCAAGCAAAGGAAAAUGGAAGAGAGUGAGAGGUUAUUUGGGGAAUGCCUAAAAUUAGGACUGGUUCCAACGAAGCAAACCUACUCUUCAAUGAUAUCUGGGUACUGUAAGGAUGGUCAAGUAAGUGCUGGAAUGAAGCUCUUUGAGAAGAUGAUUAAGAAUGGAUGCAUUGCAGACUCAGUUACAUAUGGUGCCUUGAUAAGUGGGUUAUGCAAAGAGUCUAGACUGGAGGAGGCAAGAGUUUUGUAUGAUGCUAUGUUAGACAAAAGUUUUGUUCCAUGUGAUGUUACUCGUGCCACAUUAGCUUAUGAGUAUUGCAAGAAAGAUCAACCGGACAAUGCAUUGUCCAUCUUGGAUAGAUUGGACAAGAAACACUGGAUUCGAACAGCCAAUACCCUUGUCAGGAAACUUUGUUCUGAAGCAGAAGUAGAGACUUCGAGCAUUUUUCUUGACAGAAUUCUAAACAAAGACUAUGAGCUUGAUCAUAUAACUUAUAUUGCCUUUCUUAGUGCUUGUUAUAGUAGAAACAAAUAUUCCAUGGCUUCAGAAUUCUCUCAGAGGAUUUCAAAGAAAGUCAAUAGCUCUUGUAUACAAAACAGUCCUCGGAUAACAUGAAUACGCAGAAUGUGAUGGAUUUAUCGAACCAGAUAAAGAUAAACAGGUUGAACCAGACUGUGAAGGGUUGUUGUCAAGAAGCAAUAUUCUUCAUGCAGUUGCUUUGGAAGUGUCACCUGAUGCAGAACACAAUGAGCUCCAGGGAUUAUAAAUCAAUUGCCGUCUUCAUUAAAGACAAAGGCCAGGUGUUUCUAUUCUUUUUGUUUGCUACUUUGUUUCAUUUUCUAGAUAGUUGGAUGGUUGGUACUAUGAAGCAAUGUCAUUAUAUCACUGGUUGAAACUCUACUUUCGGAGGAUGUUAGGAAAGCAAACACAUACUGCAUGAACAGUGUCCACCUAACAUAAAUGAAAACAUCAGCACACAUGGUAAGAUGCUUGGCUGUCAUUCAACUUUGAACCUGGUAGAGCUUGUCUGUUGUUAAACAAACCUAGGAAUUGAUUAAUGCCAUCCACAUUGUUCAUUGCUAGUAAAUAUGUACUUUUGUCAAAACAAAUUCUAUCUUUAUAAUCAGAUAGAUGGACAAUGAAUCAUGAUGAUAAUAGCUCCUUUGUCAACAUAUAAUUGUUAGCCCAUGUAGUUUUCAUAUACCUGCUUGAAAUUUUUUUCAUGUUGACAAAUAAUUCCAUGAAAUAAAAAAACAAAAAAUCAAAGAGUGAGAAAAUAUUUGUAGAAUUUACUAACCAAUAUCAACCAUUGGAUAACCUAAUGGUAUGACACAAGAGUGCAAGAGAAAAAUGAGAGUACAAAUUCUUCCUCUACAGUAAUGUUCAUGUACAUUGUACUAUUUAUACAUUGUACAUUUGGGCCUAAUAUUGUUCGUUCACGGGUCUGGGUAGUCUCUUGUGGGAGAAACAAUGAUUUCAUCUCUCAGGGUUAUAAGGUAAGAGGAUUUUUUUGGGAGGGCUAUAAGUCAUUGUAAUUAGCGCACUUCUAUACUUACAUGUUCUUUUGAAGGUCAUGUCCCCAACCAAAAAA